GAAGCCGGGAUCCCGCCGGGCCCUGCCGUCAGCUACGCCGUCAUGUUUGUGGACAACAGGAUCCAGAAGAACAUGUUGAUGGAUCUCACCAAGGAGCUGAUGAACGAGUUGGGAAUCACGGUGGUGGGGGACAUCAUCGCCAUCCUCAAGCACGCCAAGGUGGUCUAUAGGCAGGGAUGGGAGAUGUGUAAAGCAGCCACGGAACUGCUCUGCCCCGGCUCGUCCUCGCUCCCGGCGGAGCUGCGCCGCAGCGCUGCCAGCCGGAUGAUCGCCAACAGCCUGAGUCGAUUAGGGAAUGUGGCCGCCGAAACUCCAUCAAUCCCGGUGAAGCGGCGCCGGGUGACGGCGGAGAUGGAGGGGAAAUACAUCAUCACCAUGCCCAAAGGCACCACGCCGAGGACAAGGAAAAUCCUGGAGCAGCAGCAAGCAGCCAAAGGUCUGCCCAGGACGUCGGUCUUCGACCGGUUGGGAGCCGAGGCGAAGGGGGACACGGCUGCAGGAGGGAAGUUGAGAGGAGAGGAGCCCACCGGUGUCUUCAGCCGCCUGGGAGAUUCCCUGAGGGAUAAAUCCAUGGAAAGCGAUGACGACGACGACGGCUCCGUCCUUCCGUACGCCGGUGUCCUGAAGAAAUCCAAUGUUCCAUGGAAGGAAAGCGCCGAGCCGGGAAUGCCGGUCAAGGCGAAAGCCACCAGCUCGGAGGUGAAGCCCAUUCCCACCCCUCGGAAUGCCGCCGGUGUCCGUCCGGCACCAUCCCAAGCGGGAGAAGGGCGAGAGGCCGACGACGGCGUCAGCAGCAGCAGCAGCAGGGAUAAAUCCAAGCGGGAAUGUCGGGUGAUGAUCCGGAGGACUUGGGGCUGCGGGAAGGUGAGCAGCACCAGCGAUGCCAUGAUGGACAACGCCGGCUCCGUCAGCGUCUUCCAGCGCCUGGGAAAGAAAACGGAUUGA